AUGUUGAAGAUAGCAUUGUGUGUAGCCUUCUUGGCAACAGUGUAUACCAGCCCGAUUGAAAACGGUGUCGCAGAAAACUUUGUGGGCGCAGUCUCCGAUUGUGUGGACGGAGACACGUCAUUGUGCUUAAAGGAAAAGGCAUACAGACUAACCGAGAGGUUAGCAGUUGCUAAGAACUUAGACAUAUACGAAGGCAUCAGCUUAGUAAACACCGGUUCAGCUCGCAGUUCACGAAGCUACGAACCUUUGGUUGAAGAUCCGAAGGCGAGGGAAACUCAAUUGGAGGAGAGAAUCGCUAAUAACGUGGGCGAUUUCUUAGACAAUCACGUACUGCAGUUGCGUUUGUCUGAGGAUUCUGAAGGUCGUGAUCUUGAUGAAGAAGCUCGUGGCAAGAAGAAGAAGAAGAUCAAGCAGCUCCUGCCUCUUCUUCUCCUAUUAAAGGUCAAACUCGCCGCUCUUGUUCCACUCUUCCUCGGUAUCAUCGCUUUCGUCGCAGUUAAGGCUGUCUUCUUAGGAAAGAUCGCAUUCGCCAUCAAUGCUUUCAACUUAAUCAGAAGGUUACUGAGCAAGAAUAAUCAUGAUUCAGGAGUAGUAUCCUAUGCAGCAUCUCCCCAGCAUCAUGAUGAGCAUCCAGGGUACUCCUAUGAACCUGCAGGUGGAUGGAGCAGACGAGUCAAUGAUGCUCAAUCUCUAGCAUAUGCUGGACAAUUGGGAAAUUAG